AUGCAUUCUGAAGAUUCAUCGUCGUCUGUUAUUGAAUGUCAAUCUCAUCCACCUGAUUCAAUAAAUUUAAACACAGCUUCUUCAUCUAUCAUCAUUUUAUCAUCAAAUUAUAUUCCAAUGCUGCAGAGGGAUGUCCAGUAUGAUUGUAAUGAUCAAAGUGAAGUUCACACG